AUGCUACGAACGACAAUCAGAACAACGCCAAAUCGAGUUUCACCAACUGCAGCGGCACUGCAAGCGAGAUGGUCGAGCAGCAAUUCGGCGUCGCCCAUAACAGCGCAACAAGACGGCGAACCGCCCAAACACGAUAAAUCGCCAAUGAAGGACGCGCCAGCAGAGUCGCAAAAGAGCUGCAAAUCAAAGACCAUGGCAGAACUUGACGAGGAGAUGAGAUUAAAGAUGUCGGGUCUGUCGGGAGAUGGUGGCGAAGCGGGCAUCGAGUACGAAGACGGGAAACCAGUGGCCAUGAAACGCAGCGUCAAGAACAACAUGUUUCGUUAUAUCUAG